AUGAUGGUAUCAAACAUUGGUUUGAAUCAUACCUACAGUAACAGAUCUGGAAUUCAUGAACAGUCUGUUGUCCUUCAUCCAAGUGUUAGUGUUUCUGGUGGCCUUGUAUCUUUAGCAAAGGGGAUGCCAAGGCUGGCUUCUGGUUUGAUAUUAAUACGUACUUGA